CCCGGGCGUGCUAUUUCUCGACGUUGGCUGCGGUGUUGGCCAUGACACUAGGAAGGUUGUCUUGGACGGAUUCCCAGCCAAUCAAAUCAUCGCCUCGGACCUCCAUCCUGAGUUCUGGGGCAUAGGCCACAAAGUGUUCAAAUCCACGCCCGAGUCAUUCCCGGUCAAGUUCAUUGCAAGUGAUGCCUUCGACGACACCUUCCUCACAUACAGUGGAAUCAUUGCGACCUUGAAGUCUUUGGAUACCCCGGCAGCGGGCAGUGAGCAACCAGUGGACCUGUCUGCCCUGACCUCGCUCACACCGCUCCGCGGGAGAGUUUCGGUGAUUUAUGCCUCUUCGUUCUUCCACCUCUUCGACGGGGAGCGCCAGAGCGAGCUCGCAAGCCGCCUUGCGUCGCUACUCGUACCCGCGCCGGGCUCGUUCAUCUUCGGGUCACAUAUCGGGAGGCCCGAGAAGGGCCUGCGCCUCGAGAGUGCGCGCCCGAACACCGAGGGCUUACCCAUGUUCUGCCACAAUCCAGAGAGCUGGAAGACGCUCUGGAAAGGGGUAUUUGGGGAGAGCAAGAUCGAGACGAGGGCCGUGCUGAAGGAGGUCCAGCGGAGGGACAUGCCAGAGGGCGUGAAGGUGCACAUCAUGGCUUGGUCUGUCAGGCGGCUGUGA